AUGGGGUCUGAGAGUCCUAAAAUCACGCCCGCGGUCCAGCCUGCGGCGUCUAUACGCGGUCUUGAAGUUGAGAAGCCAGUUGGAAAGCACAACGAUGUAGGCCUGUUGAUGUAUGAAGAGUCCCUCGCCAUGGAUCCCGAGUUGCGUGAUCGGCUGGCGAAGCGGGUUCUUCGUAAACUAGACUAUGGGCUCCUCCCUGUUAUGUGCAUCAUCUACCUCACAUCGUUUCUCGACAAGCAAACCCUCAACUACGCCAGUGCCUACAGUCUGAAGACCGACCUAGGACUCGUCGGCACCGAAUACUCGUGGAUCGCAGCCAUCAUCAACUUUGGUAUCCUCGCCGGCUCCUACCCGGCGUCACUCGCCCUCCAGCGCUUUCCCAUCGGCAAGAUUGCUGGCGCUAUGCUUAUAUCAUGGGGCAUCCUCAACAUGUGUUCAGCGGCAACCAAGAACUUUGGCGGUUUGAUGGCUAUCCGCUUCUUGCUGGGCCUCUGCGAGGCGAGCAUGGGGCCGGCUUGGAUGUUGCUGACGUCCGUCUUCUGGACCCGCAGAGAACAGCCCUUGCGCAUGUGCUUCUGGCUUGGCUGCAACGGUCUUGCCUCAAUGCUCGGUGCUGGCAUCUCUUGGGGUCUAGGGCACAAUGACAGCACUGCUGUCAAGUCAUGGCAGCUCAUAUUUCUGACCAUCGGAGCCUUCACCUUUGUCUUUGGGGUCCUCGCCGUCUCUUUCCUCCCAUCCGGCCCACACGACGCGUUCUUCCUCUCCCACGAAGAGAAAUUGGUCGCCGUUUGGCGCGUCUCUGAAAACAAGACCGGAAUCAAGAACCCAAAGAUCAUGCUUUACCAGGUUAAAGAAGCCCUCAUGGAGCCGCGAGUGUGGCUCUUGGCCAUCCAGCAGCUGUGCAUUGGCAUUACGAACGGGGGCAUCAGCAACUUCACGAGCUCACUGCUGCUGGGAUUCGGUUUCAGCAGCUCAAAGUCCCUGCUGUACCAACUGCCGAAUGGCGCCUUCCAGCUCGUCUGCACCAUCGCCGCCGGCGUCGUCACAUCCUCGAUUCCUAACAGCAUCGUGAUCACCAUUGCUAUUUGCCAAAUUCCAACCCUCGCUGGCGUUGUCGGCAUCAGGCUCAUUCCCCUAGAGCACCAGGUACCGCUCGCUGCCUGCUGCUGGCUCUUUGGAUGCAUGGGCGGCGCUAUUAUCCUCAACUGGGCCAUCGUCGCCUCCAACUUUGCCGGGCACACCAAGAGAAUGACAGUCAACGGCCUCAAUUUCGUUUUCUACUACGGUGGUAACAUCAUCGGCCCGUUCCUGUUCAUCUCGAAAGAAUCACCCAAAUACCCAACCGCUGUCUCAGCCAUGGCGUCCCUCUUUUCAAUCUCGAUUGCCAGCUCUCUGUUGAUGGGCUUGCUGAUGGCGCUGGAGAACAGGAAGCGCGACAAGGCGGCCCGCGCGGCCCAGCAGGAUGCGGACGCCAUGAAUGAGCCUGAUUCUGGGUAUGAUGGGUUUACUGACCACACGGAUAAAGAGAUGGCAGAGUUCCGUUACAAGUGGUAA